UAAAAAGAUAUGUCAACAGUUUAAAAGUAAAUACAAUACAUAUACAUGGAAUUGUAGGAGCUAUUGAUGGUUGUCAUAUUAGAAUAAGAAGACCUAAAGAACACGAGGAAGAUUAUGUAAAUCGAAAAGGAUUUCAUAGUAUUUUACUGCAAGGAGUUUGUGAUUACAACAAACUGUUUAUUGAUGUUCACAUAGGCGAAAGCGGUUCACUGCAUGAUGCCAGAGUGUUAAAAAAAUCAUCACUGUAUCGUGCAGCUGAAGAAGAUCCUAAUUUUUUUAAUGGGUGUUUUUUACUUGGAGAUUCAGCGUAUCCAAAUUUAAAAUGGUUGGCACCACCGUUCAAAAAUUACGGCCAGUUAACAGAAAAUGAAAUACGAUUUAAUGUUAGACAUUCUUCUGCUCGUUCGAUAAUUGAGCAUGCUUUCGGUUUAUUGAAAAGUCGUUUUAGAAGAUUAUUUUAUUUCAAUAAUCUAAGAACAGAUAUAAUAAUUCAGUGCGUGAUGGCUGCGUGCAUUUUACACAACAUUUGUAUAUUAACUAACAAUUAUGAAUCAAAUGUUCCAGAAAUACAGAUUGAAAAUAACGCACAUGAAAUAUUAAAUGCUCGUGAACGAAUGUUUUCGGAAAUGUUUCACUAGACCUGUUCUAUGUAUAAGUCGUAUGUCGUAUUCGGAAGUAGGGUCUACAUAUAUUUAAUAAUUUUCAAAUUGGAGAUAUU